CAGCUGUUGCAGCUACAGUGGUUUGUUGAUAAACGCCACGCCCCCCUCUUUCCACAAGAAACUAUUCAAAUUCGACGAAUGCCACUUAUAAGUGGCAGCAGAUGGUCAUAGGGAAGCCUGGAAUACGUGGAUAGUACACUCAGGUAAAGAGUGUACAACUUACGUUUGUUCCUAGGACGUGCCAGCGUACAUUCGCGCACGCGAGCUAAAAGCGAAGGCGAAAGGCUCGAUUAUUGCUCGCUUUAGCCUCCUUUCCCUUUGUCUGACCACCGCUCCCUCAGGUAAAGAGUCCACUGUUCUUUCCUCGCGCAUCAAGAAAAUGCCUCCCAAAAGGAAAAUCCGCAUUAACUCGUCCCGUGGAAAUGAAAAAAAUCAAAGCGAGCAUCAAAACUGGAACAGUAACGGCGAGGAAAUUAAUGGCAGUAACUUCCCAUUGAAGCAUGGUUCCGGCUCGGACUUUGAGGUGGUUUUGACUGGGAAAAAACGUCGAAUUGAAAGCAAACAAGAGCAUUCUGCGGAAAGCAUGCAGCAUAAUCUCAAUGUUACUGAGCCGAGGGGUGCCACCGAUUUUGAUUCAGGCUUGGGACAGUUGCUUUCACUCAACAACAUGCUAUACAAUAAUGUAUUAAAGGAAAUCCUGGACCGUCUCAAAAGCAUACAAGAGGCACAGAAGGCUAUGGAGGAAUGGCAGAAGGAUAGGGACGAGGAGAUCUGCUCAAGGCUCGACAAAAUUGACAAUGAACUGGAGGCACUGCAGAAUGGUACCCUCACAAAAAGAGAAUCCAGUGCGGACUGUGGCCAGUGGCCAACAAAAGUUAUACCGCUAAAUCCAUUUACUCUAGGAUCCGAGCUUGAAGCAUUGGAGAAAAGACUUCAAGACGAUGAGAAUCUUAAAAGAAUGGUCAAAGAAUUUGAAAAUUUGAAUGCCAACGACUACGAGAAAUACAUUCGAAUGUGUUGGCGUAAACUAUUUGUGGAUGAGCUGGCGGAGAAAUAUUGCUGGAGGGGAACCACGACAAAGAAGUGCAUUAGGCCCCUCUCCAUUACCCUAGCUAUUCGAAGUGCGAGUAGAAAAAAAUAUCCCAAUUUUGAAGAGUCCGUUUUCGAAAGGGCUUCGCAGAAAUUCUUCCAAUAUGCACAUGACCGUCUUAUGAAACUCGCCAACUAUGCGACGAAAGCAAAGAAAGUAAAUCAAGACGAUCCAUUGGCUAUCUCAACUUCUGAUAAUUCUUAAACUACAACAGUUUGGGGUUGCAGAAUCCGUUCUAUAUUUAAGUGGUUUUGAAGUAGAUGAAAGCAGCUGCGCAGAACAGGAAAUAGAGUUGAACAAGCGCUGAGUGUAAGAAGUCUUGAUCCAACAGUGAGCCAGAACGCCAUGUGCCUCUUUGAAGUAUUGUUAUGAAAGAUGGAACUUUAAUGCACUUUUUAUAUAUUAGAUAGAAAUAUAAUUAUACAAAUUACCAAUUAGAAGAAAA